AUACGUGAUUAGGUUUAGUUCGUGUGCGUGUGCGUGAGAAUGCUUCGUAUUCUUCUUCCUUAUUUGACAUUUCUUUUUAUUUGUUUGUAAAUCUUCGCAAUUGUUGGUCACCUUCAAGAAAGAAAAAGAUGACUUAAAGCAAUGACGAAUGAAGGGAUACAAAAAACAUACAACAUUCAGUAGACAACGUUACUGUGUUAAUGAAAAAGCAAUGUAAAAGUGUGGACGAAUCGAUAUAAUCAAAAUGGAAAUACCAAUUCAAGUAGCUGUACGAACUUUUCCAUGUUAUCCAAAUGAAUUGUGUCGGGUGGAAACAUUCCCAAAGUAUAUCGAGAACAGCAAUAUAAAUCCAUUGGAUGUGGUACUGUCAAAUGGGUGCGAUCCAAGUGUGGAAAAGGAAGGAGUUGGUUUGGUACAAGUUACACGAUCUCGUUCAAUCGAAGACAACAAUGGGAAUGCAGUGGACACCGAAAAAUCUUCGUUCAAAAUUCGCCAUGCUCUUCCGUAUGGAUGUUCACAAGAGUUUAUCUAUCGCACCACCGUGCAACCGAUGAUAAGAAAUUUUCUCGAAGGUUAUGAUGUGUCAAUCGUAAGCUAUGGUCAAUGUUGCACUGGGAAAACGUAUUGCAUGUAUGGGCCAGGCUUUGACGGUAUUUGCAGUGAAUUGGAACAGGGUAUUGUGCCACGUGCUAUUUGUCACAUAUUCACAGAGUUGGCAAAACGACCGAGUGGAUGCCGUUUUUCGGUGAAUGUUGCAUGGAUCGAACUGAUUGGAAAUGAGAUACACGACAUUUUGGGUGACGGAAUUAUUCAAUGCAACAAUCUCAAUGAUGUUUUCCAGUGCCUACGAAUCGGUUUUACUAAUCGAAAUCCGGCGGCAACGCACAGCAUUUUCACCAUAACAAUCGAACAACAAUGGAUUAGCCCAGAUGGUUUGCUUCAACAUCGACUAUCAACAGCAAGCUUUUGUGAUUUGGUGGGCACACAACGAAUACUCACUCUCAAUCAGUAUAACGAGGAAAUUAGUGUGCCAAAAGAUCCGGGUCUACAGGUUCUGGAACGUAUUGUGAUGUUACUGUGUGAUCCGACGACAUUGGAAAAUGAUCGAAAUUUAUUGAUGAAUCAAUACGAAGAGACUAUGUUGACCAGAUUACUUAAAGACUCGUUUGGUGGAAGAGCACAAACGCUAUUGAUUUGCUGCGUAUCGCCGCUGGAACAAGAUGUUUUUGAGACACUUGAAAACCUUCAUUUUGCAUACAAAACCCAAUUUGUUCGCAAUGCAGUUAUACUUAAUACAUUUUCCGAUAAUAAUAUGCCGAUUGCCAACCUAAUUGAUCCGGCUGUUAUGAUUGAUCCACGCUUGUCAAAGUUUUCGUCAUACAAUCCGGCCGCCGAUGUGAUGAACAAAAUGAACACAGCCAACCAAAAUGCACCUGGAAUUGAAUUUGCUGCCGCACAAUGGAUGAAACUGAUUGCAAAUGCUGAGGGCUUGUUCAGCAAAUUGCUAAUGAACAAUAAAACAUUGAAUGAAGAUGAUCGCGAGUGUAUCGAAGAGUGGAUGUAUUUGAAGCAAGAGUGUGAAUCGUUCGGUUCAGCGGGAGUAAUAUCAAAUGCUCGCCUGUUAAAGCCGAUUCAAGAAACCGAUGAAAACAGUGAUGUUGACGAAGUGAGUAAUGCUGAGAUUAUGAUGGAUCAAGAAAAAACCGAUAUCUCCGGUCGAAAUGCCACAUUCUCUGACAAUGACAGCGAUGCAGAGGAAAACUUGGAGCAAUUGGAAGCAAAAGUUUCGGAGCUAAUGACGAGUUUUUCAUGCAAAAUAAAUGAAAUGAUUGAAGAUAACUAUAGAGAUUUUAUUGAUGCAUAUCCAAACGGUGUAACCACAAGUUUUGAAGACAAACAAGAUGAUUUAGGAGCUGGGCCCACUGGAUCUCCAAAAGCUACCACAAAAAAUCGACGGCGAUCAAUUCAAGUGGGCGACAGCAGUGGUUUGAGCAGUUCCGAAAUCGAUCACCUCAAUCGAAUCGCUGAAGAAGGCAUGCGAAACAAUCAACAGAUCAGCAUGAAUAAUACGAUUUGUCGUGAAGCGACAGCAUUCUUAGAAAAUUCUGACCAUUUGCAUCCGUUGAGAAUGGCCAAUCGACACAAGUCAGAGUUGAUGAUAUACAAUGACAUUCGUCGGCUUCGGAACGAUAUCAAAUCAAAAGAAGACGAAAUUGAUGAGCUAAAACGAAUUAUCAAAAAGGAACAAGAGCUAAUCAAAGGGGUGGGAGAAUCGAAUGGUGACAGGGAUAGAGCAAAACACGAGCUCAAUAAGAAAAUGGCUGCGUUGCAAAAGAAGAAGAAACAGCUCAUCAUAUUGUUGGCCGACAGUCAAGAAAAGAAGGAUAUCAACAAAUACAAAAUGGAACUAUCUAAAAUCGAAAUACAGUUGAAUGAAAAGCAUCAACUGAAGGAAGCCAGCCAACGCAGUGAUAAAACGAUCAAGGAAUACGAACAGGAUGUGAAAACGCGUAAAAAAGACCUGUUGAUUUUGACAAAAGCAUUGAAAGAAGACCGAAAAUUGCUAAAAGAUCUUGAAGGAAAGUUGAAAAUUGAAAAAAUUCGAAAUGCCAAGGAAGAGAAAAAAUCAACGGCCUGUGUAAAUGUAGACACGCGCAUCACUCAGUUGGAUUGUGUAUUGAAAGAAAAAAGCGAGUACCUACACCGUAACAAUGACGAAAGUGAAAUGGUUCAGUCAAUUCGACAUGAGAUUUGGAAUUUGCGGAAACAACGCGAAAAACUGACCGACCUCCAAUGCAAUCUCAAUCAAAAGUUCAAGAAGGAACGAUGCACCGAAUGGGAAGCGCGAAAAAUACUCGAAUAUGAUGUUGCUAAGGAAGUCAUUGAUUAUGCAAUGGAAAUGAAAAACCAAUUAAUCUGUGGUCGCGAUCUUUUGAAUCGAAAUUUUGUCGAAAAUUCAGAUCUCAUGAGUCAAUUAAGUAAAUUAAACGAGAAAGAGAUGAAAGUAUUGCUUUACAAAUGCUUUCAGAAAAUUGUCGACUUGCGCGAGUCAAGUCGUCAGCUGGAAAAUCAGCAGCUGCAAUUGGAGCAAGAGCGUAAUGAAUGGAAAUUACGCGAACAAACGCUCUACAAUAAGUUCCAACAGAUUCGUUUGAAAGAGGAACGUAACACACUUGAUCUACAGAAGCAAUAUGAAACGACUCUGACAAUGCUAUUGCAAAAAGCUGGCGAAGAUUGUGGCGCAUCGUCGAGUCUAGCGAAUGAAUCAUUAAUGUUGCCAUCACCGUUACAUUUAAUCCAUCCCAAGAAUCGACAUCUUCCAUUUGGCAACGAAUUGGGUUUCCAUGGUAUCCAUGACUACAGUGGCACGGGCCAACAGCAACGUCAUUCGUAUCGCUUUGCAAACACUGCUCUGGCCACCAGUUCGAAACGCGACACCACCGGACCAAUGGACGUUUAUCAUAAGCAAAAGCAAAAAAUCAGCCUGCUGAAACAUAUCUUCAGCUCGAACAAUGGAAUGAAACGGAAUCUAUCGCAACAACCGAUGCUCACCAAUUAUCCUCAACAAACAAAUGCAACAUCCGAAGGCAAAGUCACUGUCACCAACAAGAAAAUUUUCAUUCAAAAAAACAAACAGUAAUUUCAACAUAAUCGAUUUGCUUUUGCAUCAUAAAUUUACGUGUAGUUGCAUUUAUAACAAAUCCAAUUUACUUUAUUUACAAUUUAAACAAUGUUAGCAUGAAUCUCACCCUUUUUCCUCUUUUUAGAGAAUCUAAACUUUUAUUAUUCAUUAUACAUAAUAAAAAAAAAAAACCAAAAAUAAA